AGCAUCGCCAACCCCCAGAACUCCAUCCCGGACCACCUCCCACACAAUGGCUCCAGUCGCUUCUUUCCUGGCCGCCGGCCUGCUCGCCCUGAACGGCGCCCUGGCCCACCCAGGCCACAGCGUCCAACAAGAAGCUGCUGAACGCGGCCAAUGGCUGCAAAAAGCCAAACCACGCUCGGUCCGCUCCUGCGCCAACGAGCUCCGCCGUCGCGGUCACCUCGAAGCCUCACUCGCCCGCCGUCAAGACCUCUCCCGCCACGCUCGCCUCAAGCGCAGCCUCCCCGUCGACAAACCCCUCUUCCGCCGCGACUACUCCAGCUCCGUCAACGAAUCCCACGCCUCAACCCUGGACGUCACCGUGGGUUCCGACGAAACCCUCCUCUUCGCCGACGACUCCAGCUGCCUCCUCCAACCCGAAGUCACCCAAGGACCCUACUACAUCGACGGCGAACUCAUCCGCUCCGACAUGUCCGAAGACCAACCCGGAAUCCCCCUCUUCCUCGACAUCCAACUCAUCGACACAUCCACCUGCCAACCCGUCCCCGCCGUCUUCCUGGACAUCUGGCACUGCAACUCCACCGGCGUCUAUUCCGGCGUCUCCGCCUCCGGCAACGGCAACGAAAACGACACCUCCAACCUCUCCGCCACAUUCCUCCGAGGCCUGCAGCAAACCGACAGCAACGGCGUCGCGCAAUUCGAAUCCAUCUUCCCCGGCCACUACACCGGUCGCGCCCCACACAUCCACGUCUUGACGCACAACACCAACUCCACCAUCAUCCGCACCAACGCCACCUUACUGUCCGCCUCCGGAAACUUCUCCACCCAAGCCUCCCACGUCGGCCAGAUCUUCUUCGACCAAGAUUUAAUCUCGCAGGUCGAAGCCACGUCUCCGUAUACCGAGAACACGCAGGUGCUGACUGUGAAUUCCGAGGAUGGGAUUUUGGCCGAGGAGACGGAGGGCAUGGAUCCUUUUGUCGAGUUUGUUUUGCUGGGGGAGGGGAUUGAGGAUGGGGUGUUGGCGUGGAUUUCUUUGGGGAUUGAUCCCACGGUUGAUGAGGCGAUUUCUAGUGCCGGCACGCUUUAUGAGGAGGGCGGUGUUGCGAAUGAGAAUUCUGUUAUGGGUGGUGGGGGGCCUGGGGGUGAGGGACCGCCUGGGGGGAAUGGGACGGAUGUUAGUGCGAGGAAGUAG